AGUAAACGGAGAAACUGCAGAGGAAAGAGCAGGGAAGGCACGCGUCACCUGAAAGUCAAAUAUAAUAAUGUCUUUAACCGUUUUGUCGUCUGCGUACAGACUGAGGCCCCUCUGCAGGCUGCAGCGAAUCCAGAGCCACAUGAUGUCGAGUCAGGUGGAACCAGAAGUUCUUCUGGAGAAAGUGGGCGGUGUCGGUGUGAUCACCAUGAACAGACCCAAAGUCCUGAAUGCCCUCAACAUGACCAUGAUCCAGCAGAUCUACCCCCAGCUCAAGAAAUGGGAAAAUGACGAAGAGACUGACAUUGUGAUCAUCAAAGGAGCAGGUGGGAAAGCCUUUUGUGCAGGUGGAGACAUCAGAGCGGUCACAGAAGCAGGAAAAACCGGAGACUCUCUCGCAGAGGACUUUUUCCGUCAAGAAUACAUUCUCAACAAUGCUAUUGGAGCAUGCCGGAAACCAUAUAUAGCCCUUAUUGAUGGAAUAACAAUGGGAGGGGGCGUAGGUCUGUCAGUUCACGGACGGUUUCGAGUGGCCACUGAGAAGACGCUGUUUGCCAUGCCAGAGACUGCCAUCGGGCUUUUCCCUGACGUGGGAGGUGGCUAUUUUCUGCCGAGGCUCCAGGGGAAGUUGGGACUGUUCCUGGCCUUGACGGGCUUCCGUCUGAAGGGACGUGACGUUCACAGAGCUGGAGUUGCCACUCACUUCGUAGAGUCUAAGAAGAUCCCAGAUCUUGAGAAGGAGCUGGUGAACCUGAAGUCUCCCUCUGCUGAAGAUGUCUCCAGAGUGCUAGAGUCCUACCAGAACCAGAGUAGUCUGGAUUCAGAGAAGCCUUUCGUCUUGGACAAGCACAUGUCUGAUAUUGACAGGCUGUUCAGCUCCAGCAGUGUGGAGGGCAUCGUGCAGAACCUGAAGGCAGACGGCUCAGAGUUCGCGAACAAACAAGCUGAGACCCUGUCCAGGAUGUCUCCCACGUCCCUGAAAAUCACCUACAAGCAGCUGCAGGCGGGCGCAACUCUGAGCCUGCAGGAGGUGUUGGUGAUGGAGUAUCGACUGAGCCAGGCCUGCAUGAGGGGCUGCGACUUUUAUGAGGGCGUGAGAGCCGUGCUGGUUGACAAGGACCAGAAUCCGAAGUGGAACCCGUCCACGCUGGAGGAGGUGUCCGACCAGGCGGUGGAGCAGUGCUUCUCCUCGCUGGGAGAGAAAGACCUGACUUUCUGAAGUCUGUCAGCCAGCAGCUGCUUCCCACCUUCAAACACACACCACUAAGCCUUCGCCAUGCCUCCUGUCCCCACAUCCCUUUAUGGUCUGUGAGAGGACUGCAGUGCUGAGGAUGAGAGAAAGUCUGUUAUUUUGCGACAAGUACAUACAGAGGUCAUAUACUUCAUAGUUUGACUCGGCCCUAUUAAAUACUGCGGUGACAUUUCACAGGAAGCAUCCAGGCUGCUCCUCUGCAGCUGAGGAAAAGAAUCUGAAUCACGUUCACAGCCAGACAUCGAAAAUAGUAACAGAAGAAGCAGCUAAGACGCCCUGUGUGUCACACAUGAAAAAUGUUUUAGUGUAAACUUGCCCUGCAGUGGAGUCUUUUUUUUUUUUUGCACACGAGCUGCAGGAACUCUGCUCUGCUGCAAAGUGAAGGAGUCUGCCGCACAGCAGUGUGAACAUGACGAUGUGGGAGGAGAACACGGUCUCACCACCGAGUGCUUUAUGACAUUUCCUGUUGGUGUUUGUUGAUGCCACGUGGCUCAGCAUCAUCUGUAUUUCUUCGGAUAAUGUAUCAGCUCCAUGUUUGCAGCUUUUGUCUUUUUCUGGAACAUUUAAAGGGACAGCACACCCCAAAGUCAAACAUACAAUUUUACCCGUAGUGCUGUCCAUCUUGUGUUGCUGGAGAUUAUCCACAGACCUUGUGAGCAGUUUCAUGUUGGAACUAUUUUCUUUCUACCGAACUGCACCCACCAACCACAUCGCCGCGCAGAAGAAGGCGUGCAUCUCCUCAUGGACGAGGCAGAGCAGGAUGUAAACAUUAAUGGCGUCCUCCUUAGCUGAGCUGUGACGUUAGCUAGCAGUAUUGGUUAGCUGUAAAUGAAUCUCCACAAGCUGGCAAUGUUGGACAAAGGCCAUAGGAGUAGAAAUGCAAUCCAAAUGGAUAGAUAGCACUACAGGUAAGAAGAAAAAUUAUUUUCGAUUUUGGGGUGAACUGUCCCUUUAAAUGACAUCUGGAUUUUUACGUGGAUAAAAAAAAAGGUGUUUUCUGAUUAAUCCGAGCAACACUCCAAAAACAAACAGCAGAUUUAGAAGGAUUUCAUCGUUUGUUCUGAAUCCAUUUCCGUUAUUGCUACUUUGCAUUUUAGGAGACAAAAUGUGUCUUCAGCUGUUUGAAAUGUGUGUGGUAUCGUGUCACUGUUUUUCAGCAGGAAUCAAAUCACCUCCCCAAAUCGAUGGCUGCAUUAUUUAUGAGACCACCGGUCAGAUUAGACAUCCAUGCUGGAACAGAGAGCAAUAAAGAGCUGGUAAUGUAACAUAAAAUGCUGCGUGUUCUCAGUAAGUGAAGAAACUGCUCAUGUAUAAAAGAACUACAGUGAUUGAGGGCAGGAACUUUUAUGACCUGCUUACAAAGUGUUCUUGUGAAACAGUGACGGGGCUUUAUACAAGUGGCUUUGCUGUCAGCAUGAAGCACCAAGCGGCUGCUCAGAUAUGAAGCUGAGGAAGUGAGAAGCUGCUCUGUUUGACCUGCAGUGUUGGCAGGAAGUCUUGCAGAUUUUACACAUGCAUCAGGCCUCAGAACUGCUUCUGAAGCCGUGUAUGAUUGUAUUAAUGCUUCUCUUCCUGCUUCACAUUCACAACAAUCUCAUUUCAAUAGGAGCCUCUUGUAACCUGUGAUCUAGUCACCGAGCAACAACCAGCAGCACUGCCACAUGCAGUCUGAGGCUCUUUCAGCCUUCAAAGUGCUCAACAAGCAGCCAGGCUGACCGCCAACAUACUGAGAGCAAUAAACUGCCAUAAACACCGAGUCUGAGUGUUUCUCUCCACGUCACAGAUAAACCGUCAUGCUUUAUGGCUGCUGUUUGCUCUUCAAACAAACGCCGGCCAGCAGUCUCAUCUAUGUCCUUUCUGUUUGUCCUUCAUGAACUUUUAACCUGCCGUGCGUUCACUUGUGCAGGAUGCAGCUCGUUUCACUGCCAUUUUUGAACGAAUUUCUUCCACGUUUGCCACUGAAUGUGUUGAAAAGUGUCUGAGCGUGAGAGGCUGAGCCGGAGACAUGAUUUAGAAAGUAAUGAUGAAAAGUUUCAAGAAUUAUAGAAGGCAUAAAUCGGAUUUAUUGGCAUCGUCAGUUUUUACACAUACUGUAUGUACAAUUAAAUGAAUUCUGUUCUAUAGGACUAUUUAAAAAGUCACACACUUGAAGUUAUUUUAUGAAGAAAUAUUCAACGAGCUGCUUCACAGAGCCUUUUUUUCUCCUGAUCCUGGAAACUGUCACUUUACAGUCAACUCCACCACCGACUGACUGGAACAUCAGCGGCAUUGUGGACCUGCCAUCACCUGUAGCGACAGCGCUGAGGCAGCUCUACCCUGUGCUGAGAUUUACCUGUCGUAGGUAGAGAGAUCAGCUGACUUGGUUUCAGGCCUGUGGCAGAGCUUUGAAACUUAAACUGAGGGGAUUCACUUGUUUGACCUGCUGACAGCAGAUUUGCAGUGUAGAGAAUUAAAUGCUAACAGGAUCAGCUGUCACUGUGCUGCAGCUGCCAAAAAACCCUUAAACACUCAAUUAAGCAACAUCAGCAACAAUUAAUCAAUUAGUUGAAAAAAAAAAGAAUUAGACUAGAAAGAAAAUUUGUUAUUUUAGUCAUUUUUUCAAGCAGGAAAUGUCAGGAUUUGAAGCUUUUCUUUAUUGAAUGUAACAAUAAGAUGAACAUCUUUUUUUGGACUGUUGGCUGAAUAAACAAGUUAUUAAAAUAGAUCGCUGGUCUGUGAGAGACUUUAACAGGCAUUUUCACUAUUUUCUGACAUUUUAUGGACAAAAGAAGAAAAUAAUCGACAGUUUAAUUGAUAAUGAAAGCGAUCGUUAGUUGCAGCUUUAAUGUAACCUGCACAAAAGGACUCAGAUUUGCCUUUUUAUGAAUAACUGGAUAAAAAGGGACUGGAUGAGUCCUGCUAAUGUAGCAGCAUCUCCCAUCUCUGUUUAAACACCUGCUGCUAUUAAAUAAUUUAACAUGGGUGACCUUUAAAAACUGGUUUCCAGAGGGAA